CCAUCCUCUGAUGACGCGCUGGGCCCCGGCAGCCAAUGAGAGGCGAGGAUUGCAGCAGCAGCCGGAGCAGGAGCAGCAGCAGCGAGAGAGAGAGGAGAGCGAGGGAGGCAUGGCCCUGAGCGGAGAGGGGAACCCCUUCGAGGGAGACCCCGGGAACCCCUUCCAGGACCCUGCUGUCAUCCAGCACAGGCCCACUUCGGAAUAUGCCACUCUGGACGUCUACAAUCCGUUUGACAAACCCGGACCCGCUCCUCCGUAUGAGCCCCCAGCCUCAGCUCCAACGGCUCCUCCCGUGACGCCAGCGCCUGUGUUGCAGCCAGCCAAGAAGCUCAGCCCCACGGAGCCCAGAAACUAUGGCUCUUAUGGCACUCAGGACUCGACAGCGGCCGCCACGGCUGAACUCUUGAAGCGCCAGGAAGAGCUGAACCGCAAAGCAGAGGAGUUGGACAGGAGGGAGCGAGAACUACAGAAUGCCGCUUUGAGUGGUGGAGCAGCCAGACCGAACAAUUGGCCACCUCUGCCAUCCUUCUGUCCGGUGAAACCGUGUUUCUAUCAGGACAUCCCGGUGGAGAUUCCGGUGGAAUCCCAGAAAACAGUCACUACGAUGUACUACCUCUGGAUGGCCAGCAUCGUGACCCUCUUCUUCAACUUCCUGGCCUCCCUGGCCUUGUUCUGCGUGGACACCUCCGGUGGCUCCGGGUUCGGCCUUUCCAUCCUCUGGACCUUGAUCUUCACCCCGUGUUCCUUCCUCUGCUGGUAUCGGCCCAUGUACAAGGCCUUCAAGUACGUCGAUUAAAAGCAGGCUGUGGGCGAAGGGAGUUGUAGUCCAACAGAUCGAGUGGAGUUUCUGGCCUCUUUUAGAAACUCCUGUUCAAAGCAGAUAUUCUG